AUGCUAAUAUAUAUUUUGAUUGCGUUAGCAAGUAUAUGUUACUUCUGGUACUACUAUUUGACAAAAACAUUUAACUAUUGGAAAUCAAGAAAUGUAGUCGGACCAAAACCGGUUCCACUGUUUGGCAAUUUACAAGAAUCUGCUUUGAGGAGAAAGAAUAUUGGAGUGGUUUUCAAAGAGAUUUAUGAUGCGUAUCCCAAUGAGAAAGUAGUGGGAAUGUUCAGGAUGACAACUCCAUGCUUACUACUUCGCGACCUGGAUGUGAUCAAGCAUGUUCUGAUAAAGGAUUUCGAUUACUUCUCUGAUCGAGGAAUUUCGUUCAGCGAGAAAGGAUUGGGAAACAAUUUAUUCCAUUCUAACAGUGAUAUGUGGCGGGUCUUGAGGAAUCGAUUUACGCCAGUUUUCACUUCCGGAAAACUUAAGAAUAUGGUUUAUUUACUUAGCCAGCGCGGAGAUAAGUUCAUAGAUUUUGUCGAUGACAUUUGUCAGAAGCAACAGGAACAUGAAGUGAGCUCCUUAGUUCAAAAGUACACAAUGGCGACUAUCUGGGCAUGUGCAUUUGGGUUAGAGAUCGACACAAUUAGCAAUACCCAUAAUUCCAUAUUCAAAAAGAUCGAUGACAUUAUACUCACACCGACAUAUAUUGAUGAGAUAGACAUGAUGUUUCCAGGAGUUUUAAGAAAAUUGAAUAUAGACCCUUUCCCCAAGGAAGUGUCAGAGUUCUUUGAGCGACUCGUUAAAAACGUAAUAGAACAGAGAAAUGGUAAACCAACAGAUAGAAAAGAUUUUAUGGACUUGAUUUUGGAAUUGAGAGAAGAACAUAAAAUCCAAGGGCCAAAAAGAACCGGAGAUGAAAAUGAAAUGACUUUAGAACUAACAGACGACAUAAUCGCUGCACAGGCAUUUGUAUUUUAUGCAGCUGGCUAUGAAACGAGUGCUAGCACAAUGGCUUUCAUGUUGUAUGCGUUAGCGAAAAAUCCCGACGUUCAAAAUAAAGUGAUCGCUGAAGUAGACAGAGUACUCGAAAAAUACGAUGGCAAGCUGUCAUUCGAAGCACUCAACGAUUUUAAAUAUUUGGAAAAAGUUUUCAGUGAGACCCUUAGGUUUUAUCCCUUACUUGAGCCAUUACAAAGGAAUGCACAAAAGGAUUACAAGAUCCCCGGGAUGAAUGUGACGGUGAGAAAGGGUCAAAUGGUACUCAUAUCGUCUUUAGGCAUCCAGCACGAUGAAAAACAUUACCCGAACCCGGAAAAAUUUGAUCCCGAAAGAUUUUCUUCUGAAAAUUCAAGUGGCCGCCAUAUCUGUGCAUACCUUCCAUUCGGAACCGGUCCCCGAAACUGUAUAGGUAUGCGGUUUGCUAAAUUACAAUCAUCGGUUGGUUUAGCGAAGUUUUUUUCGAAGUUUCGAGUUGAACCAUCAAAAAGAACCUUGCCAGCCAUGAGGUUCGCCCCUCGAAGAUUUAUCAUGGCUCCUGAAGGUGGAAUUUAUUUAAAUAUCAUUCCGAGAAACAUUUGA